GGAAAUUUAUUUACUCAUAAAUACUUAUACAUUUAAUAAAUAACAAAGAUAACAGAGAAUAGAAUUAAACAUAGAAACUGCGGCCAUAAAAGUACUAUUUUGUAUACUUCACCGACACCAGCAACAGACAUGAACUUUAACUUUGUUUUGUUUUUCGGUUGCUAUUUUUAUUACUUAUUUUUAAGUGGUGUCGAAAUUACUGGAGCUCCAACCGAAAGUGGAAGUCUCAAGCUUCUUUAUGUAAUUUUCAGACAUGGCAAUCGAACUCCAAAUGGACCCGAGGAACUUUAUCCGGAGGAUCCGUAUCUAAAUGAAAAGUAUUCACCAAUAGGUCUCGGCCAAUUAACCAACUCUGGAAAACGGCGCGAGUAUCGUAUAGGCAAAGCUCUCAGAGAAAGGUAUAACCAGUUUUUAGGACAGUAUUAUACUCCAGAAAUAAUAGAACCCGUAAGCACUGACUAUAACAGAACUAAAAUGUCUUUACUGUUAGUUCUUUAUUCGUUGUAUCCCCCCAAAGGAGUAGAAAUAUGGAAAUGGAACACUGACUGGCAACCAAUUCCUUACAAUUAUUUACCAGCUUCAGAAGAUAAAUUUUUGCUAGGAACCCUAUGUCCGCAUUAUAUUGAACUCUAUGACGAAUAUAGCCAUUCCCCUCAAGUUCAAGCAAAAUAUAACAAAUAUCAAAACAUUUUUAAUUACAUAUCUAGAAAUACAGGCUUAAACAUUACUUCAUUUCGAGAUGUAUACCAGCUAAGGUUCGGCUUACAUGCAGAAAAAGACUGGGGCUUCGAACUGCCAGAAUGGACAAAGCCAGUUUGGCCUCAAAAUAUGACCAAUUUGGCCAUCCGAGAGUAUUUUAUAGGCACAGGUACCACGAACUUACGACGAAUGGCAUCAGGGUAUUUCUUACAAAAAAUGAUUGCUGAUAUAAAGCUGAAAAUUAAUCAUACCACUCCUAAUCGAAAAAUAUACUUAAAUUCGGCACAUGAGGACAAUCUUGCUAAUCUUCUGAUAACGCUGGAUAUUUUUAAAAAACCUCACAUUCCCGAUUAUGGCGCAUAUCUGACAUUUGAAAUUCAUCUCAUAAAUGGAAAAUAUGGAAUUAAGAUUUACUACCAAAAUUAUGAAACAGACGAACCCCGUUUGCUCAAACUGCCAGCAUGUGAGUCUUUUUGUGCACUAGAGAAAUUUAUCUCUCUUACAGAAGAAUAUAUGCCAGCUCCAGAUUUAUGUUAUCGUUAACAUUAAAAUAAAGAA